AUGCAUUUCCUGCGUACUCUUCCCCUUCUCGCCUCUCUGGCCGCUUCCGCUGCUGCUUCAGCGGUGGUUAAACGUCAAGCCUCUUCAACAUCUUCUGCUGCUGGCUCUGCCAACACUUUGACUCCCAACAAUGCUGAUACAGAAUGUACCAACACUGCUGGCAGCCGUCAAUGCUGGGUAUGGGAUCUGAAAUUCCUCUAUCAACUCAUGCUAAUUUUCACANNGGGCAAUGGGUUCUCGAUCGCGACCGAUUUUGACCAAAAAUUCCCUGAUACCGGAAAGACAGUUCCAUACACAUUGGACAUCGCAAACACAACCCUCAAUCCUGAUGGCACAGGUGAUCGCAUGGUUAUGCUGAUCAACAAUCAGUAUCCAGGGCCAGUCAUCAGAGCUAGUUGGGGAGACUGGCUAGAAAUCACAGUCAACAACCACCUACCCGACAACGGGACAGGUACGGCAGCCUCAGAGUAUCCAAGAAUGUUUACUGACUUGCCUCCAGGCAUCCACUGGCACGGGAUUAGGCAGUAUGAAACCUGCGAUCAAGACGGUGUCCCAGGAGUAUGUUCACUGACGAGUCUACCAGAUAACUGGUGCUGA